GGGUACCUGGUGGGCACCUGAUGGUCUCUACCAGUGGCACUACAUCGCGCUAUCUCCUAGCUCGCUAUUCGACAGAUCGUGGACCGCGCGCGUGCAUCCGAACCUUGUCGGGGACCGGUCAUCUCGUUCUCCUUUAUCGAUCUGCCUUCUCCUCCGUCAUUGUUCAUCUAUAUCUCGUUAUUUCCUCUCCCCCCUCUCUCUCUCUCUAUUCCCUUUUCUGCUCCUUGGCCAGACAAUCCUCUCUUUUCUCUUUCUCUUCCCCGUAUGCGAACGACCACUCGCGAAUUAAAAAGGAGGCCCACGGCCGGCCCCGCUUGGAUUUAAUCGCGGGAACGCAACGAGUGAUAUUCGCGCUGUGCCGAUCACGGAUCUCGGGACUCAGUGGAUCGAUCGAUUAUCGCGCGUUGUCGGAGAAGCAUUUCGUUUCCGUCGAGGAAACGGAAGUAUGAGGAACGUAUCUUGUGAUCGGGAAGUGAGCCUCUAAGAAGGGAAAGAAGAGGAGGAGGAGGAAGAGGAAGAGGACUAUUGACGUGACUCUUCCUUCGUUUUUAAAUAAAAAGAAAUCGGACAAUCGUCAUCCCUCGAUAUCCCACGGUAUCUUAUCGGCAAAGUCGCCGCGGAGAGAUGCGGAGGAAGACGGAAGCGAGAAGCCAGCCGCAAUAAAUCGAUCGAUAGAUCGUAAAAGCUCGGAGCGGGAUCUACGAGGUGCGGCGGUCCCGCGCGAAACCGAAACGUAAGGUUGCACUCGAUAGCGAAUAGAGAAACUCGCCCGGUGUCUCUUUCUCCGCUCUUCCCACUCUCUUUCUCGGACAGCUUGUUGUGAGUUACAUAAAGACAGAUUUUACUGGUCAGUUAAUGAACCCGGUUGUGCGUGCGCCCGUGGGACGUCCAACGGCGACGAGAACGACGAGGACGACGACGACUGCGACGACGGUGAUCAGGUUGACAUUACGCAAAAGCCAAGGAUGAAAGACCAACGGCGGGACGACGAGUGAAAGUGAAGCCGGGGCAACGCGUCUUACCUGGACCAGCUGUGAAAGUGCAGUGCGUAAUACGAACUCGAGGAACGUAUUGUGGUACUACCUGUCGAAACCGCGUCAUCGACAUCACGACGACGACGACGACGAUGAUGAACAGGUAAUGAGGCGAUGAUAACGAAAACGACGAUGACGACGGUGCAGACGCGCGCUCGUCAUGAGGACGAUGCCCGGCACGGUGAUGCCAGAUGAUAAGGAUGAUCUCUUAUAGACGCUCACGCAUCUUGAAUCGACGCAUUCCUGACCGACAAUCAGAGCGUGGAGCAAUUAAUUAGGCGCCUCUACCCUAUUAUCUAAUCCGCUUUUAUCCAAGUGAGCUUGUUGACGUUUUUGCCGGUUAAUCGCGCAUCGGCCUUUCGAGAACUAUCGACAGCCGAACUGCUGAGUAGAAUUAUUAUAAGAACUUCUUCGCGAAAUAUGCGCAUUAGUCGCCGGCAGGAAACCUCACGUUUGACACGUAGUGUACGGUGAAAAAGGGGAAAAAAGUACCGGCGGAACUGAAGGCUGGAUCGAGUACAAAGUAACGGCGAUUAAUUCGGAUCGACCAGUGCAAGGAACAUUUAUUCUCACCGGGUGACGUGUCUUGAUUGGGUCGUUCCUAUCAGUCCAGGUUCGAAACAUCGUUUCUUUUCUACGGCGCGCAUCGUACCUGAGAUCGAAGAUGAAGUUCAUCACGUCCCUAUUCGGGACCGGGUCCCCGAAGGUGAUGGGCAGGCAGUACAUGAAGGUCGGCAGAAAUGCCCUCUUUGGCGUAAAGACUGAUCGUGCUGAAGACAUCUGCACUGAGAAGGUGCCGAAGCCUCUCUCCCUGCUGAUCUCCAGGAAAGGAAAGCUCAGACACGGUAGAAUAACAGCGAUUUGCCUUGGCCUCCUUGCACUUGUGAUCGGUAUAGUGCUCAGUAGUAUACCAUGGGUCGAUUAUAUUAUUCUAAAACAACUACGACUAUGGAACGGCUCAAUUUCUUUCCAAUAUUGGCAGAAGCCAGGCAUAACACGAUUGACCAAAGUAUACGUAUUUAAUGUAACCAACGUGGAAAGCUUUUUGCAGUUUAACGAGAAGCCGAAGCUUCAGGAAAUUGGACCGUUCGUUUUUCGAGAGGAUAUGGAAAAAGUCAACAUCGUAUUUCACAAUAAUGGAACGGUUAGCUAUCAGCACAAGAAAAUUAUGAACUUCGUGCCCGAAUUGUCCGAAGACAGGAAUAUCAAGAUGAUGAUACCGAAUAUCCCUUUACUGACAGUUUCGGCUCUAACCAAGAAUCUCCCACGCUUCCUCACGUUCGGAGUCUCAAUGUUCGUAAGCGGAAUGCGUAUGAAACCGUUUAUUCCUGUGACCAUUGAUGAAUUCGCUUACGGCUAUGACGAUCCAUUCGUUAGUCUCGGGCAUCGGUUUCUUCCCAGAUCAAGACGACCUCAGAGCAAAAUGGGCUUCCUGCUUGGAAGAAACGGUACAUUGAGCGAGGUACAUACGAUGUACACCGGACACACAGAUAUGAAGAAGUUCGGUUUAUUGGAGCGAUUAAACGGGCUUGAUAAUUUGCCAUAUUGGGCUGACGCGCCUUGCAACUCCCUCUCUGCCUCGGAGGGUUCCUUCUUCCCACCGCGAGAUAUCACCGGCUCGGACAUCGUUUAUAUCUAUGAUAAGGAUCUCUGCAGAAUAUGGCCAAUGCAGUAUCGCUGCCCGGUGGUAAAAACGGGCAUCAAAGCGGACUUGUACACACCGGCGGAUUGGAUUUUCAAUCAUCCGACCGAAUCAGCGCCGGAGAACAAAUGCUUUUGCCCGGACAACAGCGCCGACUGCCCGCUACAAGGCUUACAGGACAUCAGCCCGUGCCAGUUCAACGCGCCAAUCUAUAUAUCCUUCCCGCAUUUUUACAAAGCGGAUCCUAAAUUGCUGAACUCCGUUGUCGGACUCAAUCCGGUCGAGAAGCUACAUUCAUCGUAUAUGAAGAUUCAGCCGAAACUCGGCGUGCCGAUCGAAGCGAAAUUACGUGUUCAGAUGAAUCUGAAGGUGGAACGGCAUCCUUACAUUGCGGCGAUCGCGAAUUUUCCCGAUAUCGUUUUUCCGAUCAUGUGGCUCGAGGAAGGAGUAGAGGAGCUCACACCGACUAUCCGAAGAUUGCUCUAUCUGUCGACUACGUUUCUCGAUAUCGGUGUGCCUUGCUUCACAUAUGGUUUGAUUUUGGCCGGUUUGACGGUUAUCAUCACGGUUUUCGUCAAGGCAAACAACAACCCAGUGCUGGCGCACGAGGCGAUCGAGCUAGGAAAGAGGACUAUCAGAAGGGGCUCGUCAUUCUUGAUUAACGGCCAGCAUCGACUGAUGUCCAGCAGGGAUUCUUACAUCCUGCUGAAUAAUGAUAUCGACGAAAAGCAAGAUAUUAUAGAGAUCUGACGGACUUGACUAGAUAUAAGUGUUAACUUUACUGUCGUGCUAGUAACGAAAAAGAUAAUUAAUGACGCCUAAUCUCGAUUGUAUUGACGAUUAAAUUAAUGUUGACAUUAACAAACGAUGUAACAGUUUGUUGCGAAAAUGUGAUUACUAUCAUUUAUUCACUGAUGAUUCAAAGCUGUCUAAAAAAAUGUUUGAUUAUAGGUGAAUAUGUACAUAUAUAUAGGUAAAAACCUGUUUUUUUUAGAAAGAAACCGAAAAAAUUCGUGGAAAAAUGGGAAAAUUCGAGGUUUUUCCAAUUUCUUUCAUUCAUCCAUGGAAAAAAACUCGAGAAAACCACGGAUAAUUGAAUAAACUAGAUUUUUUCAAAUCUAUAAAUCUAAAUAUACAUAUAUAUACCUAGGAAUCUCAGGAAUUCGUAUUAGAGUCUGAGAUGUUCAGGGUUUAAACUUUUCGCGUUGACUUUUUUCCUUAAUAAACAAAUUAAUGAAAUAUUUUCGUUUUUUUUUCAUAUUGCAAGAAUGAUCUAUUUUAGAUUAAUCACUUUUCAAGUUCGUAGGAUGAAGGGUCAAAGUAUUUACGAAAGGGUUAAGGUAUCUGACAUAUGGAGUUUAGGAAUUAGAAAAUCAAAGAUCUGAAUAGUUUAGUGGUCAAUUGACCUGAGUACUAAUUAACAUAUAAUUUAAAGUAAGAAUACUUAGAGUCCCAGGAUUUGCAUAAAGAAUACGGGAAUCACUCACCGAGAUUAUCCCUUAUUAAAGUCUCGUAUAUUUCUUUCUUAUAUUUGUCGUAUGAAGGGCCGCAAGUCCUUCGACUUAUUUAGGAUUUACAGGACUCUAUAUAUGAUUUCAUCAAACACUCAUUCAUUAGCAUAUACUUCUGUAAGGUGAAUGGAUUUAAUUUAUACGUAAAGACGUGCACAUCAUGAAUAUAAACUUCGAUAUUGAUUAAUCAAGGAUUUUUUCGAUUAUCGACUGAAUUUGGAUCGAAAGAUUGACUUAAAAUUGGAUCGAAAAUUACCAACACCUGUAAAUCUUAACAAAGACUCGAGUAUGUAUUGCAAGAUUUCAUGCACAUGUGCGUGCAUAUACGUUAGAUUUUUCAUCAAACAAAUAGUGACCGGUCGAUUUUGUUCCAAAAUCGGGUAAGAUUAGGCGUCAUUAAUUAAUAAUUGCGACUUUAUUAAAAAUAUCGGAUAAGUAUCCGCGCAAUGUGUGAUAAGGCACGGCGUAAUACAAUACGUCUUCUUCGAUACUGUAUACACCAAAGUCUCUUCGUUGACGGUCAAGAAGACUAAUUUAAAUGACUACAGACUAUGCGAAGCCAAAUUGAUGUUUCGUAUUUCGUGUCAAAUGAAGUACCUUGUAUAGGUAAAAGAAAUCGUCCCUCAUUUCAAGCGAAUUUAAUCGACCGAGAGACCGGAGAAAAGUCUUUUCAAUCGCUUCGCUGGAUUUAAAUUCGCCAAAGAAUCUGCGAGAUCUUUUGCAAUGCGCGAAAAAAGGCAACAGGAUCGUUAUAAUAUUUCAUAGCUAUAACAAAACACGUUGUUAUAAGGUGUGUGCGUGCAUGAGUUCUUUGUUGUUAAUUAAUUACGGAUGGAAGAAACGAUGAAACUUUUAUAAAUUGGGAUUUGCUGGUCUCCGUGAACACGCCAAUCAGGGAUCUGCUUGAUCGUUUCCGGUACCAUUAAGAAUCCCAGGAUCACAUUAAGUAUAUAAAUUAUGUGUCUGUGAUUCCGUCCUUAUUUAUAUGUAACGUGAAAUUCGCGUUUGAACGGAGAACAACGAGGAGAAAUUUUCUCGGCAUCGUGAACACGAAACGAAAUCUUUCAAAUCGCGACAGCGAUACUUAUUCUCAACUCGUGUCCCACUCGUGCUUGGCCAUAAUCUAGUGCAAUAUUAGUGAUCUUACGUUAAGUAUACCGUGAACAAUUUGUCACCAAUACGAACAUCGUCGAUUAGAAGCGAAGUCAAUUGCCGAUAGCUGUAGCGUUAAUGUAUAACUAUAGAAAUAUUUAUUUCGAUUAAUGCGAUCGUUUAUCUUCUCACGGAGCGUAGCACGAAGAAGAACACGAAGAACAAUUUGGACAAACGUACGAUUUAACUCUAAGUGAAAGAUCGGUGCACACCGUAAGUUUAACGCAGCUCGACGAUCAAUUGAAUGAGUGAUAUAAUCGAUAGGGCACAGUGCGAUUACGUAUUAGAUUUAAGUAAUUUUAAUCGAACCCGCAGUUGUAAACAGUAGGAUAAGUUUAUUCUAGCGCGUGUUUGUGAAAACGGAACUUUGUUAUUGGAAUUUAAUAAAAUACCUUUAUCC